ACGGGAAAUUUAAAAUGAUCUGGGAACAAUAAGGAGAACAAUAAAAAAUUUAAUCUAUGGCAUAUUCUUGAUGGAUUUUUCUAUAUAAUUUAUACUAAUCUGCACCUAUUAUAUGAAAUCAGAAAACAUCGUUUGAGCGUAUGAAAACCAAUUACAAUGGCUUCAGAGAACCAUAGCCAAGAAAAUGGUGUCCAAAAUGGUAUGGAAGUGGCUCAAGUCGCAGUGGUGAUGGUGCCUCUUCCGGCACAAGGCCAUCUCAACCAGCUUCUUCACCUCUCCCGCCUCGUCUCUGCCUAUGGCAUACCUAUCCACUUCGUCGGCACCACCACACACAACCGGCAGGCGAAGUCUCGAGUCCAUGGUUGGGACCCUUCGGCCACCACCAAUUUUCAUUUCCAAGAUUUUCCAAUUCCUCCAUUCGACAGCCCUCUCGCUGACCCCAAUGCCACCACUAAAUUUCCCUCACAAAUCCUUCCAGCCUUUCAUGCAUCAAUACAUCUGCGUGAGCCUGUUUACUCAUUCGUACGCAAACUUUCAAGCACAACCAGAAGAAUAGCUGUGAUUUAUGACUCUUUAAUGCCUUAUGUUGUUCAGGACAUAUAUUCUAUAUCAAAUGCUGAAUCCUAUUGUUUUAAUAGUAUAUCAGCUUUCUCUUUAUACUCAUUUCACUGGGAACUUAGUGGAAAACCUGCUUUAAGUACUGAAGCAGAGAUUUUAAAAGAAGUUCCUUCCUCGGAAGGUUGCUUUUCACCAGAGUUUGAAAAAUUCUUAGAAUUGCAAGAAGGGGCGAAGAAAUUCAAUUCUGGAGAUCUUUAUAACGCAAACAGAUUUAUAGAGGGGUUUUAUCUUGAUUUGCUUGCAAAAGAAAAGACUACAGGAACAGACAAACUCUGGGCUAUUGGUCCAUUUAAUCCAAUGGUGAUACCUGAAAAAAGGGACUUAAACAGCCAUCACAAAUGUUUAGAGUGGCUUGACAGGCAACCUCUGAAUUCAGUGAUAUUUGUUUCAUUCGGCUCAACAUCUUCGUUUUCCGAUGAACAAGUCAAAGAGCUCGCCUUCGGGCUGGAACAGAGUGAACAGAAAUUCAUAUGGGUAUUGAGAGACGCUGAUAAAGGUGAUGUCUUCGAAGGUGAGACUAGGAGAAGUCCAUUGCCAGAAGGGUUCGAAAAGAGAGUGGAAGGAAGAGGAAUUAUUGUGAGAGACUGGGCACCCCAGUUAGAAAUUCUGGGGCACCCUUCGACCGGUGGUUUCAUGAGUCAUUGCGGAUGGAAUUCGUGUACAGAGAGCAUAAGCAUGGGAGUUCCAAUAGCAGCUUGGCCGAUGCAUUCGGACCAGCCUAGAAAUGCCGUACUAGUAACAGAAGUACUGAAAAUCGGUCUGGAAGUCCGGAAUUGGGCAAGUCGAGAUAAAUUGGUGUCACCAGCAAUGGUAGAGAACGUUGUAAGAAGAUUAAUGGACUCAGCAGGAGGAGAGGAGAUGCGAAAGAGGGCAGCAGAAUUAGGAGAUGCAGUAAAGCAAUCAGUGAUGGAAGGUGGUGCUACUCACAAGGAGAUGGAUUCCUUUAUUGCUCAUAUUAGUAGACAAAAUAUUUCAGCUCAAAUCUAGUUCUUCGGUCAUCAUUAUGGAAAGUUAUGCACGAGAAUCUGUGAUCUUAAUUUCCUUUUCACUCAGGAUCAAGCUCGGGAAUCCACCAGACGACUAUUCGUUUAAAGUCACCUGAUGUUCAUGUGAUGCUCUGCAUUGAACAUAUUAUGGAUCUUCUCCUCGUCUCCUCAUGGAUCCUGGAGCUUCACACAUUACAGAUCUCCUCCUCGUCUCCUGGUGGAUCGCAGUAUUUUAGAUUUCCUUAUUUUCUCUGUAGUCCAAAUGCAAAAUGUAAAUCGAAACUAUUAAUUUCCUACAUUUUGAAGACUGUGUUUGUUAUAAUGGAAUUGAAACUUCAGUUGAAAUUA